GAAACCACUCAGUUAGCGGGUCAUUGAACGCAUCCGAACGCUGUCGAACGAGGACCGACCUGUUCGCUGUGUUCGUUAUCGUAUCAACGAGUCAAUUAAUGACUUUUUCUUUCAUUUAAACUACUACUUGUUACUUGUUGUGGUUUAAAAACGGUCCGGGGUUCUCUUUUCUAUGAUGCACGGGUAAGCUAGCUAACGUUAGCCGCGGAGCUAACGUCAAUCGUCCAGUGUCUGUGCGGGGAAAAAGUAGCGGAGUUCGCGUUCCUUUUUUCAGGCUUGCUGGAGGCGAAUAAAUGGGAGUAAACAUGGAGAAAAAUAAUCGUUUGGUAGAGCUGUAUUAUUAUCUACAAGACCCCCACCUUGUUGCCCAAUUUCAGCGCUUUUGUGGGGUACACGGGACGUUUUCGGGGACCGUCUCCAGCAAAGAAGCAGACCGGACUCAGUCGCACAACAACGGGGCUUGCCACCGUCACAUCACCGGGGAAAAUGAGAGUGAAAACAUGGCUGGAAUUGGAGGAGCUGGGGAAGGAGACAGAAGACUGGCUGUUCGGAAGAGGGUGAAAAACAGAGGGGAGGAAAGUGAAGAUCCUGCCCGGAAUGGAGCACCUGUGUCCGCAGCAACCUCCGGGGAAGAAACGGUGGUUGUGGGAAAUAACGGCCGUAGUCUCCAUGGAGCCGAUGGUCAUCGCGCUGCACGUUCGGACUUUUCAGGGGCAACCGCGGGGGGAGAAACGGUUGCUGUGGGCAAUAACGGUCGUACUCUCCAAGGGGCCGAAACCGUAAGUCACAGCGCUGCACAGCAUGUCUCUUCAGCGUCAAACGAAGAGAGGGAAACGGGGAAAGAAAGUGACGACCACCCACCCAGCAGCACGGUAAAACCCCUCCGUAAAAACUCUCUAACGGGCGAUGCAGGGCAAGAGUUCCUCAUCGGGAACCGGUUGCUGUACUACAUGUUCACCUUCGGAACCGAGCUGGGCAACGAGCAGUUCUACAUCACCUUCUUCCCCUUCGUGAUGUGGAACAUGGACGCCUUUGUGAGCAGGAGGCUGAUCAUGGUGUGGGUCUGGGUCAUGUACCUGGGUCAGUGCACUAAGGAUGUGAUCGGCUGGGCCCGGCCCGCCUCGCCACCUGUGGUCAAGGUGGAGAUGUUUUACAACUCUGAGUACAGCAUGCCGUCCACACACGCCAUGUCGGGCACUGCCAUUCCCUUCUCCCUGUUCUUCUUGACCUACGGCCGGUGGGAGUACCCGUUCCCGCUGGGCUUCAUCCUGGCUCUCUGCUGGUGUCUGCUGGUCUGUGUCAGCCGAAUCUACAUGGGAAUGCACUCGGUCUUGGACGUCAUAGUGGGCGUCCUCUACAGCAUCCUGAUCCUGCUCCUCUUCCUGCCGCUGCUGGACCUGAUCGACGGGUUCAACCUGUCGCACCGCUACGCCCCGCUCAUCAUCGUCUGCUUCCACCUGGGCCUGGGCCUCUUCUCCUUCACCCUGGACACUUGGAGCACCUCGAGGGGCGACACCGCUCAGAUCCUGGGCACGGGCGCCGGGGUGGCCCUGGCCUCGCACGUCAACUACCACCUUGGUCUGCUGCCCGACCCGACCCCGGAGCAGCUCCCCUACACCAUGCCCGCCCUCAGCGCCGGCCUGGUGGGCCUGUCCCUGCUGCGGUUGGUCCUGGGCGUGCUGGUGCUGGUGGCCACCCGGGCGCUGAUGAAGGCCAUCACCAUCCCGCUGGUGUGCCGGGUGUUCGGGGUGCCAAGCACGGACGUGAGGAAGGCCCGGCAGCACAUGGAGGUGGAGCUGCCGUACCGCUACAUCGUGUACGGGACGGUGGGCUUCAACGUGCUCUUCCUGGUCCCGCUGCUCUUCAGCUACGUCCAGCUCUCCUGAUUUGGAUGUGCAGUCAGUUGCUGGCUGGGAGAAACAGUGAAGUUAUAUUCACCUAAAGCCGUUCCCAGUUCAGAUCUCCCAGCCAGAACCCCUUUCUACGUUUUCUGGGUUAGGACUGAGGUGGAUUAAAGCCUGCAAACUGAUCUGGGUGCUGACAUGUUUUCAGUUUUCCUAACGUUGGCUCAGGAAGCAUGAGCCGGGACAUCUGCUCAUUUUUAACAGUUCUCUGACCACUUAUCUCUCUGAUCUGUUCUUUUAGAUUUAUUUCAAAUCAACCGGGUCAGAGCCAAAAAACCACUCCUCUUCCUCCAGCAGAUGAAUUCAGAUGAAAGAGUGGCCUCUGACCACUGAUGGCUACUGAUAACUGACCUGUGUCUUUCUAUUUACAAUUUGUUUGAAUGCAUUUGUUAUUGAGAGUUCAGACACACAAGUACGUUUUUGGAAGACUGAAAUGUUUCCUUCCUUUAAAUGCAACAUGUCGGCGCCUUCGGGUGUACUUUAACGACUUCACAGUGACAUAUACAAACGCUGUCAGUCUUUUGUUGUUUGAAAAUGAUUUAGAAACUUGAUUUAAGCCUCUUCAACAAGUACCUGAAACAGGUAAUGGUACAAUGCUGCGAUUUCAUCGUUUUAUCUAUAAAAAGAAAGAAGAAAUUAGGAAGAAUUGAAAUGUUAAAAGUGACCAAAAGAGCAAAACUCAAAAUAAAAAAUCCUAAAAAACUGAUAUGCAACAAAUCCUCAUAUUUAGAGGAUCUGCAAACAGUGAAUAUUUUCAGUUCUUGGGUAAAAACAUUACAAUUGAUUGAGUUUUCAAAUGUUUUUGGUUGAUUUACCUGAUUCAGUUUUUAAACUCUGUGUGGUUCUUCGUCAGAAAGCUUCUGAAUAAUUCUUCUAAAUCGUUCCCAACUUUUUUACGUCUCAAAGCAAUAAGACUUUAUACUUCCAUAUUCCUGUAUCAGAGUGUACCCCCCCCCCCCCCCACACACACACACACACACCUGUGGAAUGGACACCUGUGUUUUAAAUGUGUUGAUCUGUCAGACUAAAGCAGAUUAACGUGUGUCAGAAAUCAGAAUCGGAUCAUUUUUGAGGUGUUUGAUUGCAUGUGUAUAGUUUUUCUAAUGGGCUCUCUCCACUCUCUGUUCCUCUCACUGUUUCUGUCUCCAUGGCAGUUCUGAGAUUGAUAUUUUGUUCCUUGCUGGAGAAAAGCAAUGACCGGGCACAUACUGUAUGAUCCAGAAGAAACAGAAGGAAGUGACACUCGGUUUGGGAAAUGGACAGAGAAGUUUUAAAUAGUUUUUAUAUGGGAUGACGGGAACUGGACUUUUUGUUCUUUGCCCUAACAAUGUAAACUGAUGGCUUCCUGUGCGGGGAGAGUCUGGAGGCAGGAGGAGAGAUAACGCUGAUCUCAGGAGGGAAGACGCGUGCAUCGCUGACAGGCAGGUCAGGAGGUGAAGAGAGGCGAACAGCUCAGGCAAAAAUAAAUGUUCUGCACAAUACAGAUUUAUGGCUUUCUCACGGGAGCUGAAGCAUUCAGGUUUUAGAAGAGAAAGGGAAAAGUCAUCAUUUUAGGAGGAAACUGGCAAGAAUUGAAAUCUAGGUUUUUAUAGCCUUACAGUGCUAGAGAUUGUUUACUAUUUACUACUAAGGAACAAAUAAUAAAUGCAGACAUUUCUUAAUUUGUACUUCACUUCCUGUAGUCCAGCAUGUCCGAUCUUCUUGUUUCCUCAAAGGUUUGUGUCCUUGAUCGCAGCAUUGACCGAAAAAUAGAAUUUCUUAAUGAAUUCCUCAGACAGAAAGCUGGAAAACAUUUGAUUGUGUUUCUGUUUCGUCGUUGUGUUAUCUCAAUAUUAAGCUUUAUAGAUUGUAUACGUCAACAUUGAUUUUUAACACGAUACAGAACCAGCUCAGUUAGUGUUUCUGUGCCUGCAGCUCUGAACAGGAUGGAAGAUGCAUGACAGAUUCUCACGCACGAUAAAACAUGCAUAUAAACAGUUUGAUAGGAAAAAACGUUCUGUCAGAAGUUUUUUAAACUACCUUUUUUUCCUCAUCGUCCACAAAGACUCUCCUCCUGCCGACCUCCCACACAACAGCUGAGUCACAGUAAAGAGAGACCACUAAAACUGUCCUUAACCUCUCAGUGGAAAUCCACUCCGCUAUGGACACAUCUGGACUGUUCCCCCUGUGCCUAUUUUAUAUUUAAAUAAGCAGAUUAUUAUUAUUAUUAUUAUUAUUAUUACGUGGAAGGAAAGACCCAGUUAAACCCUGUAGCUGCAGACCACUGUGCAUCUCUACAGCAGAACAUCACUCAGAAACACCAGGGAUGUUUCCACACACUUCACGGUGCAGAAUCUCCCUCUCCUGGAGGCGAGACAGACUGCUGCACAGAUUCACACAUUCCUCCUCCUGUUUCUCCACUGUGGGUGAAGUGCCUUGCUCGAGGGCACUGUUAGGGGCUAACGGAGUGCUGGGGACGGGCAGAGAGAGUGUUCUUGGCAGUGAGGGCAGCGGGCUGUGUUGUUGUUUGUACGGUACUGUCCUUAUAUAAAUGCACUGUUCCCAGAAUGCACUGUGUUCCCCCCCUGAGCCGGGCAGGCGGGGGGAGCUGGUCCUUAAUGUUGAUUUUAGUGCAGAGUUUGUUAUCUUAUCAGAAAACAGUCGACGCUUUGUGAGGAUUUAAAGCCGGGUUCAGGACUUUAACUGCAGUCAGAUAUUACUGUUCGUGGCUAAAGUAUUUCAGUCCUUGGUGUAAAUAUAUUAAGCUAUUUAAGGCACUUUUUUAUUUACCACCAAGAUUACUUUUACUAAUGCAGGACACUCUAAAGGACUGAUUACUUGUUCAGCUAUUUAUUUUGCGUAUAGAAAGUGGUUUUAUAUCCUGAAAAGCAGACAACAUAACAGACCAGCUUCCCUUUUUUGCCUGGCUUGGAUUGGUCGAUUCACUUCCUGUGGCCUUGCCUCGUGCACUAACAUAUUUCUGCUUGUUGGUGUGUUUUUGUUUUUGUCUGAAUGUGGUUUCCUCUCUGAACCAGAUAAACAGGAAGUUAUUCCCUGUUGAUGUUUUUUUGUUUUUGAUUCACACAACACACAAACCCUUAAAUCUGAGGUUGGGCGACAUUUGUUCUAACUGUCUCACGCCUCUUCUCUGGCAAUAGAUUUUAAACCUGUUGCUAUUCAUUAGUUAAUACACAUCCAGGUUGAAUAUCAGAGCGCCUGUGUGCCUGUGGAAGAACAUGGAAAACAGACGUGACCAUUUUGAGGUCAGCUGCAAUAAUCAGACAGAGCUUUAAUAAUUUGAGCACAUGUCGGUGUUUACAUCCCGGCAGCAGCUGGAGGUUUCCUCUGCAGAUGGAGAAGCUAUCGAGGAAAUAAGAUAGAUACAUCAGAUUACAAACAAACUUCCUGACUGGGAUAUAAAUAACAUGAGGCCCCCACAAACCUCCCCCCCACACACCCACAUCCAGGUCCAUCAGUGUGUGUUGACCCAGAGAGGGUUGUAUGGAUGGAAGAUGGAUGACAGGAGCCUUAAAUCACCUAUUUUAGUUUGUGUUUCCAAAGUUUAGGUUUCCUUUUUGUCAAGAAAUCUGGUUCUGCUCCCUUUUGAAAUACAGUAAAUUGCAGGACUUUGGGAAACACCUCCUAUUUUGUAGAAUACCAGAAAAUUGUACAGUUCUAUCCAUACUGGCAUCACCACGUUUUCUUCAAUCGUAUUUGUUUGUUUUUUUCGUCAUUUGGUGGCAUCUCAAAUUGUAUUUGUUAUUAAACCACUUGAGUUAUUUGUUGUGACCCACAAUUGAUUCAAUCCAAGGAAUACAAGACCUGACGUGUGUUGGCAUCUGAUAAACUCAAGAAAACUGAUCACAGCACCUGAAAACCAUUUGGUUAUAUUUCCUAAAUGAGUAGGGAAAUAUUGAGUGUUUACAGUCCUCAGAAACCCCAGAUUUUAGACCUUUUUAUUACACAUUUAUAUUGAACCCCUACAUUUCUGUAGCAUCCUUUAUGCCCCAAUUUCUGCUCGGCUCUGCUCUAAACAACAUGGACGUGUGUGUGUGUGUCUUCUUUCUUCCUUAAGGCUGGAUUUCAGAGAGUCUUUCAUACAGAAAACAUUUCUCACCUUGACCAAAUAUUCAGAGGGGUUGAUCUGUGUAUAGCUGCAGCUGCUCCCCGCUUCCCUGUAGUGCCUUUAUUGUUCAAAAAAUGUCGUGUUAAAACUCUGUAAUGAUUUCUCAUCCUAUCGUUGCCUUUUGCACUUUGUCGCCGCGUUAAUGUGGAAGAGAUGACUGAAGCAUUUUCCCACACUGUCGCUUUUUUAUCACUGCCUUUAUGAUUUCAGUGAGUCACUGUCAUUCAAGCUUUUGUGUCAAUGUUGAAUAAAUUCAAGAAUAUUGAUUUUAAA